UCUGUUCCUUGUUCCGCGUGUACAUAUGCUUGCUCUCCGCGCGUGCGAAAUCGCCGGAGGCGAAGCUUUCGGGUGCGGUGUGCGCGGGCGGCGGAGGCGGCAACUGCCGGCGGCCGGCGGUCCUCGCCUACUACACUGUACGGACUCGGUGACCAGAUAAUGGGAACCGGCUGGUCUCUGUUGGUUGGGAAAUGGUGAAGCGAGCAGGGCUGCUGGCUGCCGGCUGCCUGAGCCUGUGCAUGUGCCGCGGUGGUUAUCCGAGUCAUCGACUUCGCCGGUGUGCAGGGCGAGAGACGGCGAGGGGUGGGUCGGCAGCCGGUGUGCAGGCCGGGAUCCGGAUCGCGAUUAGAUUAUUAAACAUGGAUGGGCCGAAUCAACAUGCUGGUUAAUAUUGGGCCUCGAAUCUUUAAGGGCCUCACUAGAGAAUCCGAAUAAAUGGCGGCGGGUGCAACCGCAACCCUAUCCUUCGCUUCAGUUCCUUGCAUAAAGCAUCAGCUCCGGCGUGGAGCCAGUGCCUUCAAUGCGCAACAAUUCAGUACUUCCAGCUCCCACUGGCAGCACUCUGCCAAUCUGAAGUGGGGAGUGCCAAGACUACGCGCCGCGAAGCGGGUCAUCGUCGCCCAGGCCGGCGCCGGCAGCUACAAGGUGGCCAUCCUUGGCGCGGCGGGAGGGAUCGGGGAGCCGCUCUCGCUCCUGAUCAAGAUGUCCCCGCUCGUCUCGGCGCUGCACCUCUACGACAUCGCCAACGUCAACGGUGUCACCGCCGAUCUCAGCCACUGCAACACGCCGGUGGAGGUCGCCGGCUUCACCGGGAAAGAAGAGCUCGCCGGCAGCCUGGCCGGCGCGGACGUGGUGGUCAUCCCGGCCGGCGUGCCCCGGAAGCCCGGCAUGACGCUGGACGACCUGUUCAGCAUCAACGCCGGCAUCGUGAAGGAGCUCGUGGAGGCGGUGGCGGACCACGCGCCGGGCGCGCUGAUCCACAUCAUCAGCAACCCGGUGAACUCCACGGUCCCGAUCGCCGCCGAGGUCCUGAAGCGGAAGGGCGCGUACGACCCGCGGAAGCUGUUCGGCGUCACGACCCUGGACGUGGUCCGUGCCAACGCGUUCGUCGCGGCGACGAAGGGCCUCCCGCUGGCCGACGUCGACGUGCCGGUCGUGGGCGGCCACGCGGGGACCACCAUCCUGCCGCUGCUGUCCAAGGCGCGCCCCAAGGUGGCGUUCACGGACGAGGAGGUCGAGGAGCUCACGGCCAGAAUCCAGAACGCCGGCACCGAGGUGGUGGAGGCCAAGGCCGGCGCCGGGUCCGCGACGCUGUCGAUGGCGUACGCCGCGGCGCGGUUCCUGGAGGCGUCGCUGCGGGGGCUCGACGGCGGCGACGACGUGUACGAGUGCGCGUACGUGCAGUCCCAGGUGGUGCCGGAGCUCCCGUUCUUCGCGUCCAGGGUGAAGCUCGGGAGGGAAGGGAUCGAGGAGGUGGUGGGAUCGGAGCUCAGGGGGCUCUCGGAGUACGAGGCGCGCGCGCUGGAGGCCCUCAAGCCACAACUCAAGGCCAGCAUCGACAAGGGCAUCGCGUACGUGCAGCAGCAACAGGAGGCAGCGUUGAACUGAACCUGGUGAAGAAUUGGCCGUCGUUUUGUGUCAGGUCUGGGAUGCUGGGCUGUGCCGGUUUUGUAGCACUGCACAGCCAACAUUCUUUUCUACUGACGGUUGGAGUUGGACGGAACAAUGAAAAGAACUCUGAAUCUUUGCGAGAUGCAAAUGCUGAAAACAA